AUGAGCCGUGAUCAUGGCACAAAAAUAUUGAGAGGUACUGUCCUGAAAACGUCUAUAUGCGCUUCUACAAGAAUUAAUGGUAGCGACGAUAGCUCAAUCAAGAAGCAAAACAACAAGAAUAAUCCAGACAGCAAUGAUAAUACCACCGCAGUUACGGGAUCACACAUUCACCAGGUGCAAGUUCAUUUGGAAGAAGAAGAAAUAGGAAAAAGCAAGCAAGAUGGCUCCUUUCGUAGAUGGCUUGUUGAAUUGAAGGCAUCCAUUUGCGCCCCUCAAACUUCAGCAAUUCCAUUAAGCAGGAUACAAAUUCGAGCAGACCAAAGAGUUUACAACGCGGUCAACAUGCAUAAGAACUUUUUGCACGGUCAUUGCGCAAGCUUUAUCGUCUUCUUGUCGCCUCUUGGAAGUGACGUUUGGUCCAAGAAUCACGCUUAA